AUGGAUACCUCCAGGGUCCUGCUCUCGGCCGUCUUCCUCAUCAGUUUCCUGUGGGAUCUGCCGGGUUUCCAGCAAGCUUCCAUCUCUUCCUCCUCGUCGUCUGCCGAGCUGGGCUCCGCCAAGGGAAUGCGAAGCCGCAAGGAAGGAAAGAUGCCGCGGGCGCCGAGAGAGAAUGCCACGGCCCGGGCGCCCCUGGAUCGCCAGGAGCCCCCGCCGAGGCCGCAGGAGGAGCCCCAGCGGCGGCCGCCAGAGCGGCGUGAAGCUCGGGAGCCUCCCGGCAGGGCCCCGCGCGUGGUGCCCCACGAGUACAUGCUGUCAAUCUACAGGACUUACUCCAUCGCCGAGAAGCUGGGCAUCAAUGCCAGCUUUUUCCAGUCUUCCAAGUCGGCUAAUACGAUCACUAGCUUUGUAGACAGGGGACUAGACGAUCUCUCGCACACUCCUCUCCGGAGACAGAAGUAUUUGUUUGAUGUGUCCACGCUCUCAGACAAAGAAGAGCUGGUGGGCGCGGAGCUGCGGCUGUUUCGCCAGGCGCCCGCUGCGCCCUGGGGGCCGCCGGCCGGCCCGCUCCACUUGCAGCUCUUCGCCUGCCAGUCGCCCCUGCUGCUGGAAGCGCGGAGCCUGGACCCGCAGGGGGCGCCCCGGCCCGGCUGGGAAGUCUUCGACGUGUGGCGGAGCCUGCGCCCCCAGCCCUGGAAGCAGCUGUGCUUGGAGCUUCGGGCCGCGUGGGGCGGCGAGCCGGGCGCCGAGGAGGCCGAGGCGCGCGCGCCGGGGCCCCAGCAGCCGCCGCCCCCGGACCUGCGGAGUCUGGGCUUCGGCCGGAGGGUGCGGACCCCCCAGGAGCGCGCCUUGCUCGUCGUGUUCUCCAGGUCCCAGCGCAAGACCCUGUUCGCCGAGAUGCGCGAGCAGUUGGGCUCGGUGACCGAGGUGGUCGGCCCCGGCGCGGGCGCCGAGGGGUCGGGGCCGCCGCCGCCGUCGGGCAUCCCGGACGCCGGGCCGUGGUCGCCCUCGCCUGGCCGCCGGCGGCGGCGCACGGCCUUCGCCAGCCGCCACGGCAAGCGGCACGGCAAGAAGUCGAGGCUGCGCUGCAGCAAGAAGCCCCUGCACGUGAACUUCAAGGAGCUGGGCUGGGACGACUGGAUUAUCGCGCCCCUGGAGUACGAGGCCUACCACUGCGAGGGCGUGUGCGACUUCCCGCUGCGCUCGCACCUGGAGCCCACCAACCACGCCAUCAUCCAGACGCUGAUGAACUCCAUGGACCCCGGCUCCACCCCGCCCAGCUGCUGCGUGCCCACCAAAUUGACUCCCAUCAGCAUCUUGUACAUCGACGCGGGCAAUAACGUGGUCUACAAGCAGUAUGAGGAGAUGGUGGUGGAGUCGUGCGGCUGCAGGUAG